AAUUCUGGUCCACCGGUGGCGUCCUUCUCCGCACGUCACCUGUCGCGUGCGUUUUGCUUCUUCACGUCCCGGAAGCAACGUAGGCGGCUCCCAGGCUCGCGGCGGAUGUUGACAGAGGCGGAUUAACGAGUUUUCUGGGCGGAGGAGGGACGACAAUUGUGACGGAGCCGGUUUCAAGCGUCUUGUGGUUCCGAAGCGGAGCUGGCGUUAGCUUAGUCGUGAACGACACCGAACCUUCAAUGUGAGUUCGAGCCCGGAAAAGGACUUGAAGCUGAGCCGCACCUCCGAACCUCUUUGAUGGACCUGCAACGCGUCUGUCUAGGUUCGUGAAGGUUGUGAUCGCAAGGCUGGUGUGCUCCGGAGGGAGACGAAGGUGCACGAAGUUACUGUACGUGGCCGGAUAAUUCUGUCCUGAACGAUGGGGACUCAAGGACCCGGCAGAAAAAGGCUGCCCAACCAGGAGAAGAUGACCGCAGAGGACGAUGCUCUCCAACAGAUCGCCCGGGACGCAGAAGCGCGGUUGGCAGCGAGGAGAACAGCAAGAGCAGAAGCCAGAGAAAUUCGGAUGAAGGAGCUAGAGAAGCAACACAAAGAGAAGUAUUAUGGUCUGGAUUAUAAAUGGGGUCGCAUUGAGCAGUGGAUGGAGGACGGCGAGCGCUAUUCUCGCCACUCGCGGAGAAUCGCUUCGCUGUCAGAUGAUGAAGAGCGCAUGUCUGUAGGGAGUCGAGGCAGUCUGAAGGUGACUACACUCCACCAGUCUAUCCCUGGUUCUUCUUCUUCUUCGAAUUCACUUCUGUCUCGCAUCUUUUCCUUCACUUCUCCUUCCUGGCACACAUCCUUGUCUCAUCUCCUUCCAUCCUUUUAUCCCUGCACUUGUUCUUCCUUUCUGCCUUCCCAGCCUUCAGAUUACAGCUCUUUUCUUGGUUCUGGCUCCCGGGCAUCCUCCAGAGCUAGUUCAGCUCGUGCCAGCCCUGUGGUGGAGGAGAGACUGGACAGAGACUUCCUGGAUAGAGGCUCCAGGACAGCGCUGAACCUUUCUGCAGCCACUCUGUCUUCACUGGGUGGAGCGUCAUCUCGCAGAGGAAGCUGUGACACGUCAGUCUCCGUCGAGAUGGAGGCGUCAAUCAGGGAGAUGAAGGACUCUGUGGCAGAGGCAGAGGAAAAGUAUCGCAGAGCCAUGGUUUCAAACGCUCAGCUGCACAACGACAAGUCGACUUUAAUGUAUCAGGUGGAAACUCUGCGGGAGGACCUGAGCGACAUGGAGGAGCUGCUUUGGGAGGCGCGACGGCACGCCGAUGAGCGCACAAAGGCAUACGAACGCGAGCGUGAUUGUCACAUUCUCCUUCAGUUCCAGUUUAAGGAGAUGAACGAGACUAUGAGACGAAGUGAAGAACUUCUGAUGGAAGUGUCACAGUUACGAGAACAAACACAUGCUUAUGCUCAAGAGGUGUCUGACUUGCAGGAGGCUCUGCAGUGGAAGGAAAAGAAGAUUGCGGCAUUAGAGCGUCAGAGGGAAAUCUCUGACGUCAUUCAAAUCGAGCGCGACCAGCUGAGAGUUGAGGUGCUCAGCCUCCGAGAUGUUGUCAAGCAGAAAUACGGAGAGGUCAUUUCUCCUGAGCUCGCAACCAAUGGGGGGCCGAGAUUGGACGAUGAUGAAGUCAGCAACAGCUUUGGGGAGAACGUUCCUGACAGCAGAGAGAGCAUGCUGGAGCUGCAUCUGAAGAAGCUACUUGAAGAAAGGGAAAGUUUGCAGGAUCAGGUGAGAAUGCUCAAGUCUCAACUGCUUCUGAGACAAAGAAAUCUUGAUGGGAGCCAAAAUCCAGAGGAAGACGGUCUGGAAAAUGGCGCAGAUUCUCAUGCGGUGGACCUUCAGAGAGAUGCAAGCAGACAAAUGAGUGAGCUGAAAUUCAAACUCGUCAAAUCUGAACAAGAAGUUACCACUCUGGAACAGAACGUCAUCCGUCUGGAAGCUCAGGUGACUCGCUACAGGACAGCGUCGGAGAAUGCAGAGAUAGUUGAGGAUGAGCUGAAGGUCGAAAGGAGAAAACUACAUAGAGAACUGCGCACUGCUCUGGAUCAGAUCCAGGAGCUGGAAUCGGCGAAUAGUCACCUCACCAAACGUCUGGAGAAGAUGAAGGCCAACCGCAGCAUCCUCUUGGCCCAGCAGUGACCCCCAACGGUUCCAUCUCUCGUUUCGCAAUGGACUCCCGAAGGACUCUCCGGGUCGGAGAGCUUGCGGAAUCUUUUCUCCUGCAGCUUGACAAUCGCUGGUGUUGGGUGACGGAUGCUUGAUUUGACCGUAUGGGUGAGCUUUGUGUGACCAGCUAAUGCGGGGCUCUAUGCUAUAUGUCUUAUGCUGCCCUAAGACUCCGCCCACCUGCUCUGCCAGGUGCUGAAAAGCAACUUCUUCUGCCUCGUAAACUUUCUCCUCCAACACUGGGGGCUACAGACAGUCAUUUGAGGAUUUAUUCAGUAUCAUCUUAAUGUCCUUGGAUGAGGAUUCUCCCAACCUCACUAGUAAGACAAUUUAGCACAACUGAAUGUCUUACUGGUAACGUUUUUCUAUUGCUGCCUUCCACACUAUUAGUGUGACGUUGGUGCCCACUCAGCCUGGCAAAAUUGUGCGCUCGUUGAUGCUACAACCAGUUUCAUUACGAAAUUCAACAAUUAAGUGCUUCACUACUGUACGACGAGUCAUUCGACUUGUUUGGCCUCGUCAUUCUACUCGUGCCCAAAGAUGUUCUACUACUGCAUUGGAGUUAAGACCGUAUUAGCAUAUGGACAACUCAGCACAGGAGUUCUAGUACAACUUUUAGUCGUGCUGGUUUGUACUACUGUAUGACAUUUCUGCGCUCCAGUAGAAUGAUGUUAUUUUUCCACCACUGCAGAAUAUUCAUGUGCACGAGUUGAACUACUAUACAUAUGUUACUAGUGGCUGGUUCUCCGCUUCUCUCUGCUUCCUCCUUCCAUUACAUUAUGACAUUUUUUGGGUGCACAAAUAGAACCGUCUCACAUUUUGGUGAAUGCCAUUCACGACUUCAUUACGAGCACCAACAGUGUGCAGAUGUUUAGUAGUGCACACUGUGGGCAGCGAGGGUUUAGUUCCCACUUAUCGUGAGUGUCCCAAAAUUAGAUGGGGGGCUGAUUUAGGGUUCACCUAUUAAAUGUUACGGAUUAAACAUAGAAAAUAUUUUUAUUCCACUUUGAACAACCACAGCAGGUUGACUACACGGAAAAUAUUCACAUUUGUUCAGAAUCAUCCACUUCAAGCUGCUACAAUUUGCCACCUUUCUUGGUGGCUUCGGGUGACAUUUCUUGAAUGUUCACUUGGGUCACUUUUGAGUCCCACAAUAGCUCACAGGGAGACGUCAUGCAGUGACACUUUGAUGUUUUUCCGAGAGGGUGGCGCUGGUGCCGUCUGCUUCGCAGGCUUUGGCUUCUUCGGCGGCAUCGCCGAGGACAACAGUGCCGCUGCCCACCGUCAAACGGUUAAGAUGGAACGUGGUGGUUCUGGUGUGGAUGGACUGACUGUUCUUUGUCAGUUGGUGCUGGCAGUGGAACAGGAUCAGGAAGCAGCGGUGGAACUGAUAGAAGAAGAACAUUGAGAGCAAUCGGCUUUGAUUGUUUUGGUGGCAUAUAGAGUCACUGGAGUUAAAAGAUACUUUUUUAACUUACGGAAGAAGUGAUUUGAUAGGAGCAACCGGGAUGUUACUGUUUCGCCCAUAGUCAUGGUUGCAUGUUAACAACGUGCAACUUGAAUGUAACAUGACCGCUCAAUAAGAGACAUAGUUAAUGAACUACGGGAAACAUACACAAAUAAUAAUGAUUCUUGACUUUUUGACAGGAAAACUUCAACAUUGCAUGGCAACAGUAGAAGUAAUAAAGCAAAAAAAAAGAAGCCUACAAAUUUUAAGAAAAAAAGCAAUUAAGGGACAAUAUCAGGUUCAACCCAAUCCAGAAUGCGAAUGUCAAAUAACAACAGUACUGGUGAGUUGUUUUUUUGUCUUGCCUUGAUGUAAUGAUUUAUUUUGCUAAAAUUAUAAAACCUGGUGCAGAGAAA